GUUACGCCAAGGGAAGCCCGGACUCUAGUCGCUGCUCCUACUCAGUCUCUCCGCCGGCUCCCGGCCCCGCUGAUCCCAGUUCUGUGGCCCGCGGUUCGCCGCCCCGCAAGCCGCCACGAUGCCGGUGUUUCAUACACGCACGAUUGAGAGCAUUCUGGAGCCGGUGGCGCAGCAGAUCUCGCACCUGGUGAUUAUGCACGAGGAGGGCGAGGUGGACGGCAAAGCCAUCCCUGACCUCACCGCGCCCGUGGCCGCCGUGCAAGCGGCCGUCAGCAACCUCGUCCGGGUUGGAAAAGAGACUGUUCAAACUACCGAGGAUCAGAUAUUGAAGAGAGAUAUGCCACCCGCAUUUAUUAAGGUUGAGAAUGCUUGCACCAAGCUUGUCCAAGCAGCCCAGAUGCUUCAGUCCGACCCUUACUCAGUGCCUGCUCGAGAUUAUCUAAUUGAUGGGUCAAGGGGCAUCCUCUCUGGCACAUCAGAUCUACUCCUUACCUUCGAUGAGGCUGAGGUUCGUAAAAUUAUCCGAGUUUGCAAAGGAAUUUUGGAAUAUCUUACAGUGGCAGAGGUCGUGGAGACUAUGGAAGAUUUGGUCACUUAUACAAAGAAUCUUGGGCCAGGAAUGACUAAGAUGGCCAAGAUGAUUGAUGAGAGACAGCAGGAGUUGACUCACCAGGAGCACCGAGUAAUGUUGGUGAACUCAAUGAACACUGUGAAAGAGUUGCUUCCAGUUCUCAUUUCAGCUAUGAAGAUUUUUGUAACAACUAAAAAUUCAAAAAACCAAGGAAUAGAAGAAGCUUUGAAAAAUCGCAAUUUUACUGUGGAAAAGAUGAGUGCUGAAAUUAAUGAGAUCAUCCGUGUAUUACAACUCACUUCUUGGGAUGAAGAUGCCUGGGCCAGCAAAGACACUGAAGCCAUGAAGAGAGCAUUGGCCUCCAUAGACUCCAAACUGAAUCAGGCCAAAGGUUGGCUCCGUGACCCCAGUGCCUCCCCAGGGGAUGCUGGUGAACAGGCCAUCAGGCAGAUCUUAGAUGAAGCUGGAAAAGUUGGUGAACUUUGUGCAGGCAAGGAACGCAGGGAGAUCCUGGGAACCUGCAAAAUGCUAGGGCAGAUGACUGAUCAAGUGGCUGACCUCCGAGCUAGAGGUCAAGGAGCUUCACCAGUGGCCAUGCAGAAAGCCCAGCAGGUAUCUCAAGGUCUAGAUGUGCUCACAGCAAAGGUGGAGAAUGCAGCUCGAAAGUUGGAAGCCAUGACAAACUCAAAGCAGAGCAUAGCAAAGAAGAUUGAUGCUGCUCAGAAUUGGCUUGCAGAUCCAAAUGGUGGACCUGAAGGAGAAGAACAGAUCCGAGGGGCUUUGGCUGAAGCUCGGAAAAUAGCAGAAUUGUGUGAUGAUCCUAAAGAGAGAGAUGACAUUCUUCGUUCCCUUGGAGAAAUAUCUGCUCUGACUUCUAAAUUAGCAGAUUUACGAAGGCAGGGGAAAGGAGAUUCCCCAGAGGCUCGAGCAUUGGCCAAACAGGUGGCCACGGCCCUUCAGAACCUGCAGACCAAAACCAACAGGGCUGUGGCAAACAGCAGACCUGCCAAAGCAGCUGUCCACCUUGAGGGCAAAAUUGAGCAAGCACAGCGAUGGAUUGAUAAUCCUACAGUGGAUGACCGGGGAGUCGGUCAGGCUGCUAUCCGGGGGCUUGUGGCUGAAGGACAUCGUCUGGCUAAUGUCAUGAUGGGGCCUUAUCGUCAAGAUCUUCUUGCCAAGUGUGACCGUGUGGACCAGUUGACAGCUCAGCUGGCUGACCUGGCUGCCAGAGGGGAAGGGGAAAGUCCUCAGGCCAGAGCACUUGCAUCACAGCUCCAAGACUCCUUAAAGGAUCUGAAAGCCAGGAUGCAGGAGGCUAUGACUCAGGAGGUGUCAGAUGUUUUCAGUGAUACCACAACUCCUAUCAAGCUAUUGGCAGUGGCGGCUACUGCCCCUCCUGAUGCACCCAAUAGGGAAGAGGUAUUUGAUGAGAGGGCAGCAAACUUUGAAAACCAUUCAGGAAGGCUUGGAGCUACAGCAGAGAAGGCGGCUGCUGUUGGUACUGCUAAUAAAUCAACAGUGGAAGGCAUUCAGGCAUCAGUGAAGACUGCUCGAGAACUCACACCCCAGGUCAUCUCAGCUGCUCGCAUCUUACUGAGGAACCCUGGAAAUCAAGCCGCUUGUGAACAUUUUGAAACCAUGAAGAACCAGUGGAUUGAUAAUGUUGAAAAAAUGACAGGGCUGGUGGACGAAGCCAUUGAUACCAAAUCUCUGUUGGAUGCUUCUGAAGAAGCAAUUAAAAAAGAUCUGGACAAGUGUAAGGUAGCCAUGGCCAACAUUCAGCCUCAGAUGCUGGUUGCUGGGGCAACAAGCAUUGCUCGUCGGGCCAACCGAAUCCUGCUGGUGGCGAAGAGGGAGGUGGAGAACUCUGAGGAUCCCAAGUUCCGUGAGGCUGUGAAAGCUGCCUCUGAUGAAUUGAGCAAAACAAUCUCCCCUAUGGUGAUGGAUGCAAAGGCUGUGGCUGGAAACAUUUCUGACCCUGGCCUGCAAAAGAGCUUCCUGGACUCUGGAUAUCGGAUCCUGGGAGCUGUGGCCAAGGUCAGAGAAGCCUUCCAACCUCAGGAACCUGACUUCCCACCUCCUCCACCUGACCUUGAACAGCUCCGACUAACAGAUGAGCUUGCUCCUCCCAAACCACCUCUGCCUGAGGGUGAGGUCCCUCCACCCAGGCCCCCACCACCAGAGGAAAAGGAUGAAGAGUUUCCUGAGCAGAAAGCCGGGGAGGUGAUUAAUCAGCCAAUGAUGAUGGCUGCCAGGCAGCUCCAUGAUGAAGCUCGAAAAUGGUCCAGCAAGCCGGGUAUCCCAGCUGCUGAGGUGGGUAUAGGAGUUGUAGCUGAGGCAGAUGCGGUUGAUGCUGUUGGGUUCUCUGUCCCCUCUGACAUGGAAGACGAUUACGAACCUGAGCUACUGUUAAUGCCAUCCAAUCAGCCUGUCAACCAGCCCAUUCUGGCCGCGGCUCAGUCCUUGCAUCGGGAAGCUACCAAGUGGUCUAGUAAGGGCAAUGAUAUCAUUGCAGCAGCCAAGCGCAUGGCUCUGCUGAUGGCUGAGAUGUCUCGGCUGGUAAGAGGGGGCAGUGGUACCAAGCGGGCACUCAUUCAGUGUGCCAAGGACAUUGCCAAGGCCUCAGAUGAAGUGACUCGGUUGGCCAAGGAAGUUGCCAAGCAGUGCACAGAUAAGCGGAUUAGAACCAACCUCUUACAGGUAUGUGAGCGAAUCCCAACUAUAAGCACCCAGCUCAAAAUCCUGUCUACUGUAAAGGCCACCAUGCUGGGCCGGACCAACAUCAGUGACGAGGAAUCUGAGCAGGCCACAGAGAUGCUAGUUCACAAUGCCCAGAACCUCAUGCAGUCCGUGAAGGAGACUGUAAGAGAAGCAGAAGCUGCUUCAAUCAAAAUUCGAACAGAUGCUGGAUUUACACUGCGCUGGGUCAGAAAGACUCCCUGGUACCAGUAGGUACCCAGCCAAACCUGGCUGGUACGGAAACCCCUACUGAAAAGAAGAAUAAUCCGAGUUCCAGAAGCCAUCUGGAGUUGCUGGGGGUUGAAAGCUACAUCCCAGCCUGACAUAUCAGAAAGGAAUGGGGUCUCUUCACAUUACAAACCAUUUAUACUCUUUGUCAUGGACACUUUGAAAUAUGUCUCCAUAUAAAUUCUGUAUUCUCAAACACAGUUAAACUCAUGUAUACUCUGUCUCAAUAGGUGGACUGGGUUUCUAGCCCAUGGACUUCACAUAAGCUCAGAAUUUAAGAGUGAAAACACUAGCCAGACACCCUAGGGGACAUUUCCCUCUUGUUUCCUUUACACCAGCCAGUCAGUUAAGAAAAUCUCUCUGCUUCCAAAAAAUUGUUUGGGCUUUCCAUGUUGCUGCUGACCCCGCCUGCCCUGGGUUGUGCUACCUGGGUCCUUUUCAGAAGUGAGCUUUGCUGCUGCAGGAAAAGGUAGCCUUUGGGAACCCCAACAUAUAGGCCUGGAUUCAUUUCCUGCCUCUCUCCAAUUUAAUUCAAGUUUCCACACACUAGCAAACUUCACUAUCAGGAGGAAAUCACAGAAUCAUGAUUCUGUCUUUAUUAUGCCUCUGAGCAAUGUCUGUGCUAAGGAAACUUCUUGUCCCAUGGCAGUCCUCAGCCUGCCAAGGUAACCAUCCCAUGAAUACACUGUGUGCCCUGGUGCUCUCUGUCACUAGAGGGGCAGAGUAGCCAGAGUGUGGCCCUGCCCAUCUUCCCAAGGGGGUCAUGCCCAGGUGUUCCAUGCUUUGUCACUGCCUGCAAAGUCUGUGCUGAGGACUUAUCAUUCAUUCUUAGCUCUUUAUUGUUCUUUUUUAAGCUGAAAUGCUGCAUUUAAUUUUUAACCAAAUCAUGUUCUGGCUUUUGUAGUCUUCCCCUAAACCCUUCCUAAAUAAGAUUUUUAAAUAUAUGUAGGUGUUCUUUCUUUUCUUUUUUGGGAAAUUGGAGUCUCACUAUGUUGCCAAGCCUGGUCUCAAACUCCUGGGUUCAAGGGAUACUACUGUCUUGACUUCUUGAAUAGAUGGGACUACAGGCAUAUGUCACUAUACUUCGGUUUGUAUGUAAUUUCGAAAGAUCCUUUUUAUCCUUUUGAAAUUCAGUUCAUAAGAAUUAGUACUAGACCUCUGAGAUUGUCUAAUGAAAAGGCAAUCCUGUUAAAGGACACUUCUAUCUAAGGGAGAGUGGUAUUUGCAGACUAGAAUUUGAAUGCUUCUGGGACUAAAUCAAUGGUAAAUACUCCUGGAAUUCCUACUUCCCUUCAACCAACUAAACCAAGCCCCUUUAUACUCUCCUAAAUAUAAUUGAAAAUAAUGAGCAUAAUAUUUAAUUAUCACCAUAGUAAAUUUCCUAUUAUGCAAAGUUAAAAGGCAAUUUUUCCUCCCUUCCCCCCGACACUUAUCACUGCUGCCGAAGCAUUCUCCAGCACGUAAACCAUAUUUCUUUCCCAACCCCAAAUGAAAAAAGUAAAGGAGUGAGACCCUUUGUGUAAAUAUGCUUUCCUUUCACCCCCAAUGUGUGUUAGAUCCCACCAUCAAAUGUAUAGCACUUGUCUUAAGGUGGUCCUGCACACUCAGGCUACCUCUAUUUCCUUUUAACUGAUAAAAGAUUAUUUUAAGGCCCUCAGCAUAUUUGUAUAAUUGCUUACCUGAUAUAAAUGCAAUAUUAAUGCCUUUAAAGUAUGAAUCUAUGCCAAAGAUCACCUUUUGUUUUACUGAAGAUUACUUAGAAGAAAUAAGAAAAAUCUCUGUUCUUCAAGUUCUUCUGGUGUUGAGACACUGGUUUUACACUUUAUGCCAGAUGUGCUUUUCUCUAACAACAGUGCUCAAGACACAGUGAAGCAAACAAAACAAAACAAAUCCCUGAAUGGUGGAGGUGUCACCACUUAAAAAAAAAAAAUACAUUUGUAAGCUAGGAUUUGUUAUAUGCAAAUAUUUUCUGCUUCCUCUUUUUUCUGUUUAAAACAAUAAAAUGCAUUUGUAUAAAUAAUGCUCUAAAGUUGGAUGUUAUUUUAGUAAGAACUUUUAGGUCAAGUUUUUCCUUUAUUUUUGAAGAAUAGCCAAUUAAACUAAUCCUUAAGACCUGGAAACUAAAGAUGUAGAAAUCGACAAUAGUAUUUUAACUUAACAAGGAUCUGUGUGAUAAAGGACAACUUUGGGGAUUAUAUACUAGAAGUAGCAGUGACAAAGGUUAACAGAAGGCAGAAAGCAGCCAGAUGAUAUAGAUCACCCACUGGUUGAAGAACUCUUUCUAUUUAAUAGGAAUGACCAUCACUAUCCCUUAAAAAGCCGACGUUAUUAAAUGUGCAGAACCACAAAUCCAUUUUUUUAUAUUCUAAAAUUCAGCAUAGGAAGGUUCUCAAGGACCUACCAGGGCUCUGGGGCAGAACAAGCUUUUGGAGACAUAUGCCUCUUCUUAAGCCCCGACUAGAUCAGUACUAGGAGAUUUUUAAAAAAUAUUUUUAAUUGUAGAUGGACACAACAUCUUUAUUUUUUUAAUAUGGUACUGAGAAUUGAACUCAGUGCCUCACACAUGCUAGGCAAGUGCUCUACCACUGAGCCACAAUCUCAGCCCACACUAGGAGAUUCUUGGACAGAGCUGGAACAUAACAGUUUUUGCCUGAUUUUUCUAGAUCUGCAAAGGUUAAAUAUCAUUAAAGGUUGAAAUGUGGGCUGAGGCUGUAGCUCACUGAUAGGCUGCUUGCCUAGCACGUGUGAUACACUGGGUUCGAUCCUUGGUACCACAUAUAGAAAUAUAAAGUCAUGCUGUCCAUCUACAACUACUUUAAAAAAAAAAAAGUGAUACUUAAAAGUGUUGCUAACUGCAUUUAUCACCUACCUACAAGAGC